AUGGAUGAGCUAGUGGACUGGGCAAAGUCCCACGGAGCCGCCUUCCACCCGUCAGUCGAGGUCUACAACGACCCCAACACCGGCAACUCCUUCCGCGUCUCCCCCGAGAGCGCCGGCGUCAGCCCUGGCGACACCGUCGUCACCUGUCCCCUGGCCCUGACGCUCUCCUACCUCAACGCCACCACCACACCCAACCCAGGCUUCCACCACAAUAACAACCACGAGGCUUUUCCCUCCUCCUUUCUCGCAUCCGUCCCGCCGCACGUCAUCAGCCGCUUCUUCCUAAUUCGCCAAUACCUUCUCGGCAAAGACUCCUUCUGGUACCCCUACAUCAGAACCCUCCCUCAGCCCGCGAACCUCGCCCACUGGGCCCUCCCCCCUCUCUGGCCCUCGGACGACGUCGAGCUCCUCGAGGAUACAAACGCCCACGUCGCCAUCGCCGAGAUCAAAGCCCGCCUGAGAUCCGAACACAAGCACGCCCUCGCCGCCUUUGGCGACAACCCCGCCCGGCAUGACUACACCCGCCUCCUCUACAACUGGGCCUACUGCAUCUUCACCAGUCGGAGCUUCCGCCCUUCCCUCGUCAUCCCCGCGGCGAGGCAGCACACCCUCUCGCUGCCAGAGGGUUGCGCCGUCGACGACUUUUCGCUGCUGCUGCCCCUGUUCGACGUGGGCAACCACAGCCCGACAGCCCGGGUCGCGUGGGCGACGUCCUCCACUAGUGAUGCCGCGGGCGAGGACAUUGUCGGCCUGCGCACGUUGGAUCCGUACGCCCCCGGCGCGCAAGUCUUCAACAACUACGGCACCACCAAGACGAACGCCGAACUCAUGCUGGCGUACGGCUUCCGGAUCCCCGAAUCCGAGGGCGUACACAACGACUACGUCCAUGUCCAGAAGCGCGGUGGCGCCAAGGCCGCGGCAGAGGCAGCCGGUGCCGAUGGCGCCGGGGCGGCCGGCAAUAAGCCCAAGGAUUAUCUGAUUUCUCUGCGGCCUGUCGCUGACCCGAGCUCUGUGGCUGCGCGAUCCGUGCGGUUGCUGAGCGAUGUUAGGGGCGACGAGAUCUUGCCUCCGUUUAGGCAUGUGCAGGAUAGCAUGGUGUGGGAGCUGGUUCUCGCGCAGACGACGGCUGAGCAGCGGAGCGAGAUGCUCCCGGUGCCGGAGGGUGGUGGCGGUGGUGUUGUUGAUGAUGAUGAUGAUGAUAAUGAUGGUUCCCGGGCGGAUCUGGAGAGGUUGAGGAUGAUCUUGACUGGACGGAUCCCCGCAGCCACCCAGCCUUUGCUGUUCCAGACCAUUGGCAUUAUCCAGAACAAGGUCCUACAGGAGCUUGAGCGGCUGGAUCAGUCCGAGUUUGAAAUGGACGAGUCCGAGGCGACGAGGAACCAGCUCAUGGCCUAUCACUACCGGAGACAGUGCAGGAAGGUAUUGGAGAAUGUACUCGAGUCUAUGGAAAUGCCCGACGAGGUCACCGCAUAA